AUGUUCUCUUACUCGGCUUUGUUCUCGUCGGUGUUCGAGAAUAGUAUUCCUGCCGGAAAUGAUAUCGCUGCUCUGCUGCCGAGGUACAUCUCUAUUCGAAGAGGCUCAGCUUCCAUCUUCAUCACCUUCCUGGGCUCCUACCAGAUUUUCCUUGCAGCUAUCACGGGCAUCUUGAUCUGCAAUUAUUAUGUCAUCUCAAGAGGAUACUUGCAAGUACCCGACUUGUAUACAGGCGACAAGUCCGGGGUCUACUACUUCACGAAGGGGUGGAAUAUUCGUGCCUAUGUUGCAUACCUGAUCACGGUAGCGGUGAACUUUGCCGGCUUUCUGGGGAACAUGGGCGUUCACGUACCGAUAGGUAUCAAGCGGUUUUACUACUUCGCGUACCCCGUGGGCAUCACCAUGUCUUUCGGCAUCUUCUGGAUCUGUAAUCUCAUCUGGCCGCCGGCACACCAUAUGCCGCUGAGUGAGUGGCACGAGCCAGGCAAUUACACCCGGCCGGACGAAGAUCCGCAGCAUCUAACGGCUCUGGAAGGGUCGUGCGUUCAUGAGGUUUCCAAGGAGGGUUUACCGCAAACCCCUGCAAAUGAGGGCGAGAGCAAUAGCCACAAAAGCUCCUUCAUUGUAGUAUAG